GGAGGGAAUAAAAAAAUGGUAAAAAAGACAAAUAAACCAAAAAAAGAAAAUGAGGGGAUACAUUUAAUAAGUGAGGCAGAUUGGUUAGCUCGAGAACAAAGUUAUCUACAGCGGUUGCGCGACUUGAAAACAUGCUUGAGCUUCAUUGAUGAGGCCACAAAAGAUUAUGAGAGUCUAGAGCUGGAACAGAUUAGGGAGAAGCAUUGGAAUCAUUAUGUGCGUUGCGAUGGUUUGCCUCAUCCACAAUAUCCGCCUGAUAUACGACGGUUCAUAGAGGAGAUCCGACACUUUGAGAACAUCAACAGACACGAUGUCGUUGACUGGACGUUGUCGAUUAAUGAGCGCAGCAUCUUGACACAGGAUAUAUUUUGCAAAGAUUUAACCCGUAGAACCCAGAUCAAAAGUAGCCCGAAUAUUGGAGCCAUUUACGAAAUGUGGGUGCAACGUAUUUUGAGCACAUUGAACCAAAUGAAUAUAAUGCUGGACAACGAGCUGGAAAUGAGCAGCAUUGAGUUGGCUCGAGCCUUGGAAAUUGUUGCAAUGCGAGCCGAGCUUCAGCGAGAAAUAGAAAUACUCCUCGACAAACUCACCUAUCGUGUUAUAUGCUCUGAUGAUGCCUAUAUGGUCUCGAAGGAUGGCAUUGUAGCGAACUAUUGCUACAAGAGUGACAGCUACAAUUUUCACAUAUGGUGUUUGCGGGAUGUGCCAUUGCGGUUUAAGCAGAUGGAACCACCCCUAAUGUUUGCUGAUCUGAUAUGUACCGGUGUUACCGUGCAAUUGCCGCUAAGCAUCCUUACCGACAAAUUAACGCUGCAAUGUGUGCAUGCUUUCUACGAUCACUAUACAGAAUAUUGCAAAAGCUAUGAACAGGUUAUAGAUAUAUCCACAGAUAAUUUGAAUGCUGGUAUUGCAAACAUUGAGGACUGUUUGAUCAACGAAUGGCUCAUGCAGGUGGAAAUACAGACAGAGAUGUUUGACAAAUUGGAAAGAAAGCUGAAGCAAUAUGAGGAAAAUAUGUUAGCCCAAGCGGCGAAGGAGAGCCAAUCGAAAUCAAAAAGGGACGAAGCAAAGAACAAACCAAUAAAGGAGGCACCAGUUGUUCCGCCAGGCAUGUUUCCCGAUCCAUAUAAUGCUUUUUUGGAUCGCGAGCAAAAGCAAUAUAUUGAAUUUCUUGAUGAAAUCUAUCAUCCACACAAACUUAACUUGGAGCGUGAAGAGAUCAACCUGCGACGCUACAUUAUGUUGGGUGGAGUUUUUUCCCUAAUCUUUGUAUGCAAACCUAAGCACACAGACUUUCAGAAGUUCAAUAUAACGCUGCAUGACGAUGGCCGCAUAUUGAUUAGUUUGCGGGAUGUUGUCGCAGAUUUGGGUCGGGAUGAGCAGGUGAUGGGACCGUUGCUGGGUGAAGCGCCAUCCCAGCUGAGUGGGGCCCAAAUGGAGCAAGCAUUGCGGUCUCGCCUGCAGAUGGUACAGCUAAGCGAACACAUAGAAGGUGGGUGGAGACUAGGUCCAGACGAGGUUCCCUAUUUCUUUGUUACAUUCAAGCUCCCCAGACAUUUGUGUCUCUGGGGUGUACCUAUGCCCUGCCAUUUCAUGGAGGAGCCCUCCGAAAGGGUGGUGGAGGAGGAGCCUACGACUGAAAACGAACCUCUUCCAAGUAAGAAGAAGAAGCAAAAGAAGCGUUUACCAGACACUUCGCCGCAUUCACCACGCGUCAGUUCAAUCUCCGCUAAUAUCGAUACGUCGCUUGCCCCUGAGCGCAUAAGUAGACCAAAUCCUUCGUACAUUAAUCGUCGGGCAGUACAAUCGCAGAACAUCUAUCGCUCCACUAUUUUAGCCACAUUGCGACGCACAAUACUGCGACCAUCGAUCUUGCCAAGCGUGACGAUAAAGAAUUUUCCACUCACAGGCAAGUUGCUGACGACAGCACACAUCCGCAAUUUGCAACGACAUUUGUUGCCCAGAAUUUUGCCCUCCUUCAAGUUUCCGCACGAGUUCAAGGAUGACUUGGAGGAGCUGCUGUUAGUGAAACAGAAAAAGAAUAGGCUGAAACGUCGCACAGAGGUGGAUCAUGAGCUGGAUCUAAAUCAGAAUGUGGAGUUUAAUUUUGUGGACCAAUAUGGGCCCGAAAGCAUCUAUCCAGUAUUUGACAGGCGCGAGAAAGUGAUGUACUUUAGAAGCAGCAUGGAGCACGAGUCUAGUAGUGAAGAUGACGGCCAACCGACGCAAACUGAUAAAAACAUGGAUGAGCCCACAUUGUUUAGCAUGCUUAAUACAUUCAAUGAAAUGCAGGAGCGGUACGAGAACAAGCAUCAACAAAUUACCGCCCAGCCGAAUUUCGUUGUGAAGCACAAGACACCAAAGCAGGUGCAGACAUCUGAGCCAGCCAGCAGUUCGGCUCGCGAGUAUUCUUCUAUUCGUGGCAGAAGUGGAUCACGGAAAAGAAGUCGAAGCUUUAUACACACCUCCUCAACGGACCUAACAAAGCGUGAUCCUAAUUCCUCGCCAUUAGCCACCCAACCCAGUGUUGAAAUGUCCUUGCGUGUCCCUGAAGUUGACAGUUUUCAUGACGAAAUCUCUCAGCCAACCAGUAGAAAGUCUAGAAUGUCCACGAGCUCUCGCCGCCCGUCUCAAAAAGUUGGACCAAUAGUCAAACAUUGGACAACCAAAUACAUAAGGGAGACCGAGUUCGACAAAGAGAAAUUGACAAUUACAAUAAAAACAGAUCGUUUGGGACUGUUUGGUUUCGCCUACAAGCGAUACGAGCACUUUCCUUUCCGGGAUUGGUGUGUACAGCCACCCAUUGAGGAGGGAAGUAACGAAAUCUUGUUUACUCUGGAUACAUUCCAUGUGCGUGUUGUUAUGUACAUCUCUAAUAAGGGGAUACGGGGCUAUGUGACUGAUUUGGUCAAGGAAUUUGUGGCCAAGCCGGUCAAGUACUUGACCAUUGAGGAGCCCAUAGCGGAUUUUCUAGAAAUCAAGAAGCGGUUUCGUGAGCGCAAUGUUAAUAUAUUUGCCGAACAUGAUGCUGGGUACUAUAUUGAGAAUGGAUACUUCUCCCAGAAGCAUUUGGCCGCAGAGUUGCAUGUGUAUGAUGCGAUCGCCGUACAUUGUAAGUUGAUGAAGUUCUUGAGGUCGAGUUGGAACCGUUUGGCCACGCGUCGGAACAUUGUGCUCUGCCUCCGCAAUCCUAAAGAUAUGACCGAAAAUGCGCAAGUCACAACGCGCGUCACUCCAGACAAUUCCACAUUUGUGGAGAUAUCCGAGCUCUGCUCUGAUGACUUGGAUGUAUUCAAAUUGGAGUAUAAGCCGACAUGGCGAAACAUAGGCAUGUAUUCGGAUUUGCACCAUUUAAUCAAUUCCAUGUAUCCUCAUGCCACAGAUGUGCGAAAUCGUGACCCCAGACUAAUGUACUAUAUUAGAAAGUUGCUGACCGAGAUCAAGCCGCUGAGUUUCUCCUAGCCUUACACUACACAUGAAUAAAACUCUAAUCGUUGAUGACUAAAA